ACCAAAACGCGUCCCGUUUUACGCGACUUCACCCACAUAAACUGAGAUGUGCCAUCAGCUGGCGGUGACACGGACACACCACUCACCACUCCUCGCCCUCAUCCCUCCCUUCAAACCCUCUCACUGCCAUCUCCCGACAUCAGCCGAAUGAGGGGACUGGGAAAGAAAAACCAAGUGAGUGAAAGAAAGAAAUAAGCUGGGAGCGGUGCUCCAUGGUCACUCGCCCAUUGGAAGCUCGAGAGCGCAUUUUGGAUUCGACUUUUUCUUGGAGGGGACUUGAGAGAAGAAACAAGCGUUUAUUGGCGUGCCAAAGGCGAACAGCCAUGCACCUGAAUCGGGAGGACGAGGACGGAAAAGGUUCUUUGUCUCUGAGUGUGUUCCUGGUAUCGGUGGGUUUAACGGUGUGUGUCGUGUGGCUGGUGGCGCUAUGCGGGGUCUGUGGAUGGUGCCAACGCAAACUGGGGAUGAGGAAUAAGCCGGGGGUGGAGACAGCGGGGACCCCAGACUCGGUGUCUGUGUCUGGGAGAGGACGAGGAGAAAAUAAAGCCAUCAAUGAUCUUGACAGGGACUUUUGGAAUAACAACGACAGCAGCACUGUGCAGCAGCGCUGGAGCUCCUAUCCACCCAAGGAAUUCAUCCUCAACAUGUCCCCCUACGCCCCCUACGGAGACCCUCGCCUCACGCCCAAUUUUGGGGACCCCUCUCUUUCCACCACCUCCACCUUGGAGCAUAUCCCGUCCUCAGCAGCCCGCCCCAGGCCCCUGGUCAGGCAGCAAAGCCUCCAGCAGCCCCUUACCCACCAGCCCCCGCCAGGCCCCAACGACCCCCCAGCCACCUCCCAGAGUCUGGGCCAACUGCACACUGGGCCUGGGGGUGGGGGCCACCGGGGGGGCCCGCGGGGGGUGCGUGGUAGCCCGGCUGGGGCAGGGGCGUCCCGCUACAGGUCGGGUGGAGGGGCGCGAUCGCGUUCCAACCCUGGAAGCUGGGACCACAUGAUGGGACAGAUCCGGAACAGAGGCAUGGACGUCAAGUCAUUCCUAGAGGGGAAGAUGGUCGUAUUGACCCUCGCGAUCGGAUUGGCUGAACAAGAUGACUUUGCCAACCUUCCAGAUCUACAGGAGACGCCAGGCAACAAAGAAACACCUCCCGCCGACAAAAGAUCUAAUAAACCCGGCAGCAGCCCUAAAGGUCAGACCCCAGACGAGAGCAGCCGCCGGACAGACGCUAACUCCUCCGUCUCAGACCUGGCCAACUCCGUCACCAGUGAUAUGCUAAUGUUGUCCCCAGGCUCUGAGGAAGAGGAACACGAAGGGCCCGUGUGCGAGAAGCUGGGACGCAUCCAGUUCAGCGUGGGAUACAGUUUUCAGGACUCCACACUGACAGUGAAAAUCCUGAAGGGUCAGGAUCUACCUGCAAAAGAUUUCUCCGGCACUUCAGAUCCAUUCGUCAAACUCUACCUUCUGCCAGACAAGAAGCACAAACUUGAGACCAAGGUCAAAAGAAAGAACCUCAACCCUCACUGGAACGAAACCUUCCUAUUUGAAGGGUUCCCAUAUGAGAAGGUGGUCCAGCGCACACUGUACCUGCAAGUGCUAGAUUAUGACCGUUUUAGCAGGAAUGACCCUAUAGGAGAGGUAUCCAUCCCCCUGAACAAGAUCGAUCUGGCCCACAUGCAGACCUUCUGGAAGGAGCUGAAACCCUGCAGCGAUGGCAGUGGGAGUCGAGGAGACCUCCUUGUGUCUCUGUGUUACAAUCCCACUGCCAACACUAUCACUGUGAGCAUCAUCAAGGCACGCAAUCUCAAAGCCAUGGACAUCGGGGGAACAUCCGACCCCUACGUCAAAGUGUGGCUGAUGAACAAAGAUAAACGAGUGGAGAAGAAGAAGACGGUGGUGAUGAAGAGGUGUUUGAACCCCGUGUUCAAUGAGUCCUUUCCCUUUGAUGUCCCCACUCACGUCCUCAGAGAGACCACCAUCGUCAUCACAGUCAUGGAUAAGGACAAACUGAGCCGCAAUGAUGUCAUAGGCAAGAUCUAUCUCUCAUGGAAGAGUGGCCCAGCAGAGGUAAAGCAUUGGAAAGACAUGAUGAGCCACCCGCGCACUGCCGUUGCCCAAUGGCACGCUCUCAAAGCUUGAAGGACCCGCCCACCAAAAUUUGUUUAUGGAGACCCUUCCUUUAUUCACUGCUUUUAUUUUUUCCCACCAAAAAGAGGCUAAGCACUGCCAAGAAGACUGGGAGAGAAAGUCUUACGUAACCGAGAGAAGUAAACAGACUCGUCUUCCUUGAGAAAAAAGUUUGACAAGUCGACUGUUCUCUGAACAGCUGGACCGUGGAACAGGGUGACUUCUAUCAUCGCUGAACUUGAAACGGCUGAAAACAAUCUCCUGAACAAACCCUUCUAUUGCCAUAUUUGUGUCUCACCUCCCUCACGCCAUCCCUCUGACCGUACGGAAAGAUCCAGAAGGAUCGCAACCACAGUGCAAUACCUAGUUGAAGGAGGGAUGAACUUGUUGUGUGUUGGACUUCGUCACCUCUUGAUGUUUUUCUCGGAACAGUGUAGAAAUUUGCUGGAACUCUUCGUCGUCUGUAUGUACUGUGGGGUGAUGUUAUGUGACAGAAAAAAAGAGGUCUUGUUUUAAAAAAAAAAAAAAAAAAAACAUGGAAAAACGUAAAAUUCUAACUCACUUUAAUUGACUGGAUCAGUUCAAGUGCGUCGGGGAAAUACGUUUGAACAAUUUUAGAACAUUCCAACAAAUAGGGAUUAAAAAAAACUGAGAAUCUACGCAAGUACAUAAAUGCAAACAUUUCUAGCAGUGUUAGCUUGAUUUAAAAGCAUUGUUUUUUUGAAUGCGUCAGGCCUUGUUUCCACCUGGUAUUAAGAUGCAUUUUCAAUUAUCUAAUCACAGUAGUCAGAUGCAUUAUAGUUUACUCCUGCAUUUGAUAACUUGUGUUCAGAUUUCUUCUAGACCCUCCCUUUUUAUUUUGUCGCUUGCUACAUUAGUUUCGCAGAAGCGCUGAGAAUGACAUGCAAAUACGAUUAAAUGGCGAUUUACAACACUGUUUAGCGUCAUCCAAUUGUGAUUGGAUCAAUAAAAAUGCAUCUUAACUCCAAAUGUAAACAGUACCUCAGUAACACAAUGCAAAAACACACAGCAUUCGUAGUGUUACAAGAGGCACUAUGGUCAGUUUCCUGUUUCACGUGCGGUUUAUUGACACAAACAUCUGAUGUUUAUUACUGCUAUAUAUAUCAGGACGUCAUGCUUGCAAUGCUUUGGCCAAAGCAUUUGUGUACUUGCAUAGAGUACUAUACUGAUUCUUCUUUCAAAGCGAAGCGCGAUAGACAAGAUAGGAGUGAGUGUUUGAAGCCUGUGUGUCGGCAGAUACGCCUUUCUGAUAGAAGCAGAACCACAAAAAUCCUUUUAUCUAAACUAGCAUUCCUCAUGUAACGUACACAUCUUGCAGAGGAUUGCAUCAACCACUUAACCAGUAUGCAAUGACACUGCCAAUGUGAGUUCAACGCUGCCAAAACGCACUUCAUUUCUUUUCAUUUUCAAAAGGGCUGAAGAAGUUCUUAGUGUCCCUCCAAAUUAAGACGUGCAAUUUAGAAGUUAACUAAAGAAAAAGAGCAGAAGCGGGAAAAUAUAACGCAAGUCAUGUGAUUGUUUGUGCGUCUUUGGCUUAGUGUGUGUGUUUGUAUGCGUCUGUCGCUGUCUGCAUUUGUGUAUUUGUUGAGGAUUUGGAUUACAGCGGCCAUUCGAUUGAUUCCUUAUCGUACUUAUGCUGCCUUCAAGUCUUCCUGCGAAGUUUGAGAAAUACCGCAUGAUUUUAGGAAAUAGUCAUAAAAUGUAUGUUUUUGUAACAAAAUGAAAUACAAAUACCUGGGUUUCCACACAUCAACACAUUUUUAAGUGAAAUUUGGGGUAUGAAUGAAAACAGUAAGAAAAUGGCAUUAAAAGCAUAUAAACUCACUUGAGGAGGAUACAUUUUUAUAUGGUAAGAAGACAUGCAUAAAUGAUGGAAAUUACUAACAUUUGCUAAAUAAAUUAGAUCCACAUCAGAAAAUUAAUCUAGCAUUUGUUUUAAUAAAUUUAAAGUUUUAACAUGCACACCACUAUUGUAUUGUAUACUGCAUAUGUAUAUACUACAUAGAGGGUAAGUUUUAUUAAUUUUUAUGAAUCAUAAAAUGUAUUACAUUUAAGAAAACAGCUCUGUUUAUUACUUUUUAUUACAUUCAAGAAAAUGGUUAUACCAUUGUACUAUUGUGCCAGAAGUGGUGAAAUAAAAUAAAAUAAAAUAAUGUGAAUAUUGCGAAAAUAAUUUUGAUCAGCAAACAUGAAAAACAAAACUCCACUUUUUUGUUCACAAUUAUUGCAAUUUGUAUUUUUUUAAUUUUUUAAUUUAUUUUUUGUACAAGUUAACUUGGAUGAAAAUGUGUGUAUUAAUGCUUUAGAGCAGGAUUUUAAAAAAAUCAUUAAAUAUAUAUAUAUAUAUAUAUAUAUAUAUAUAUAUACAUUAAAAUUAAUAUUAAAUUAAGAUCAAAUUAAAAUAUGUAAAUAUUUUAAAAAUUUAAAAAAAAAUAUAUAUAAGAGAGAGAUAGGUAUUUGUUUACCUGUCUAUCAUGUGACUAUCCUAUAUCACAAAACCUUGAACAUUUGAAUAUAUUUUUCAAUUACUGAUUAUUUGAAUGUUUUAUCCUAAAAUCUCAGGGGUAUUUUAAGUACAUAUUUAAGUUCAAAGAUGUUCAACUGACAAAAAUGUUUGUAAAGUUCCUGCUUUAGAGAAUAACGGGAAAUGUAAUUAAGUUUCACAAACCUGUCAGCUCAUAAAACGGUUAAAUGAGUAUUAUUUUGUAAUAAGCUUUUUCAUUCUUCAUGAACAGUACACAAAAUGCGUGCAAAGCGAAUUGUACCAUCAACAUUCACAAUUAGAGCUUAUUAUGAUAGCAAUUAGCUUCUGGCAGAAUUCUUGAAUCAACAUGCCCUCAACUCACAAAGUCUGUGCUCAAUGAAAAUAAUUACGCUAAUUUUGACAUUGCGAUGCUGUUCAUACGGUCUCAUCUCGUAAACACGAUCAUUCCAGCAUGACUUGAAGGCAGCAUUAGCCUGGCUCUGGGGAUGGCAUAAUAUGAGUUAUAAAUGACAGGUCUGCAGGAUAUAAUAGCAAUACUCUCACAUUUUGCUUUUCGAAUAACAUUUUGUAUGCUGCGUUUGCUUGCGAUUUCUGCCGCCUCUUAAUGUGUUACUUGCGUAACAGAGAAAAGACAAAUAUAGAAAGGAAGAAUUCAAAUUGUUACCAUGUCAACAGUUAAAUUAGGAAUAUUACACUAGCCUACUUAUUAUGACAGACGACAAAACGUCUUACUUGAAAACACAAGGCAAUGUACUGUAGAUAAGCAAUAUUUAAUGUAAGGGUUAACUUCAGGGUUAGGACAUCCGUUCAUAUUCGUUCGACUUGAAACACUCAUACAAACACACACGCAGUGCUUCAGGAAGUGAAACAUCCAUCACCUUUCUCCCCUCCAUAUGCCUGUGCUCUUGGUGUCAGAGCCGACGUUAGACGUGAAUAUCACUGCCAGACGUUUCUCGCAGCCUGUCCUCCCCCCCGACUAACACGCUGUGACAGACGCGUCCUCAAAGACACAGAGAAAGUGUGGGAGGCAAGAGUUUAAAGGCCAAAAAACAGACCAAAGUGAGAGCAAGACCUAAAAAAAAUAUUCAAGCACUUCAGAACUUUGUGUACUGUGUUUCUCAGUCGUUGAAAGUGGGUUAAAAGAAGUAGGCUAACUAAAGUGAAAACAGAGAGAGUGUGGAUUCGUUCAUUUGGACUUGUAAGCAGGACCGUCACAUGAAUUCGAUAAAGCAUCAAACGAUAAAAGUUUUCUGUUACAUGUCUGAAUUUUUGUCACCUGUUUUGUAUUCAUUUAUGUUGAGUAGCCCUACACACAGUGCAAUCGUGGUUCAAAUUCAUGUAACUUUUUAUUUAAAGAAUGUUCUGGAUCACAUACAAGUUAAUGUCAAUUAACUUUUCAAUGGAAAUACAAAGGGCGUGAUGAUACAUGUAAAAAUACACAUUUUUUUUAAUAACCAGAUGUUCAUCCAAGUGGAAAAGUAGUUCCACCUUUAAAAGGACAAUUUAAACAUUACAGAUUUUAAUCAUUCAUAUUUUAAUGAAUAAAUAAAAAUGAAAAGUCCAACAAAAAUACAAACACAUUUUUAAACCUCAAAUAUGUCAACAGUUAUUUGUUUUGAAGUCUCAAUGUAACUGUAAUUAUUAAUACGAAACUAUCCGAAACUUUCCAUGUUUCGACGGUCCUGCUUUUAGGUUCCAAAUCUGAGUGAGUUUUGCUUUGCGAGUUGAAAUCGAUGAGCGCCUGACGUGAAAAUGAAAUAAAUGCACCGGUGAAGCGGCAUGCUUUGUUUUGUCUCGUCUAGUUGUGUGACUCACCGCGGUGAGGCGGCUAAUGUGAGCUUGUCUGUUUUACUGUCGUAUCCACAAAUUUCCGUUUGAGUUCGUUUUUCAGCUGUUGGAUUGCAGAUGUUUCGACCUUAUGAAACAAAAUGCCAAACCAGGUUUGAAACAACCAGCAUUCGAAUGGUCACGUCUGUCGUCACAGAGGCGUUACGGACAUCUGAAUGUGGAGCGACGGAGUCGGAAAUGAACUUUGAUGUGUGUGAUGACAACCCAUCUAAAGACGUUGUGUGAACUUGUGUGUGUGCUUGUAAAAAUUAAUGUUACCCUGGGGAGUUUUGACCAAGACCCCUGACGUUUCUCAGCAUCUCUGUGGUGUGCACAAUAUGAUUUGACAUACUGAUGAUUUAUUUUGGCAUAAAUGUACAGUGUAAAUAGAUGUAAACCUGUAUAUAAAAGAAGGAAACUGA